UAUUAAACAUGGUUUAAUUAUAGUAAAUGGUGAUAUUUGGUGUAUUGAGUACAGUUUGUAUCAUUACAGUUUAAACUACAUGGUUAAACUAUGGUUAGUUUAGUGCAAUCUUGGUUAAUUUGUGGUUACCAUGGUUUUUGGGCUUUAUUUGUAGAAAUAAAGGCUUGGGACAUAGUGCUAAUUUAAUUAAAUUGAAUUACUUUAAUGAAGUCUACUUUAACUGCACUUUACUUAGACGUCAACGUGCUAUGGCAACUGCAAACAAAUAUUUUUCAUAACAUCUGUUCUGCAGAGGAAAGAAUCAUCAUUGACGUCCCCAUCAAGCACUCGCAUUUCUCGCAGUUAGAAACCACAUCUGUGAUCUGUCGCUAGGGCUGUGAGAGUCUUUAGCGAUGCUGCUGACGUGGAGACACGCCGGCGGUGAUGCUUAGUUUUGAAGUUCUCACAGAAAGGCAUUUUAACUAGAAUGCUCGUUAUGAAUGCUUUAUCGACUGGGUCUUUUCAUGUCGACAACCAUCCUCCGUCAGGUUUUAACUCUUGAACCUCUCCAAUUCUGUGACAGUUCUUCAUCUUUUUCCAGUUUUUAGGCCAAAACACUGGCUUUCUCAGCAGAUUCAGAAACUGAAAGCCAAAGGACCUCGAGUCUUGAUCAGUGAGAUUGUCAAAUCUGUGAAUAAAAAAUGGAACGAAACCCAAAACUAUGAUUAAUCAGUAGUUUGACGCAUCCAUUAUAAAUGGUUUUGUGGAAGCAACCAAGGCAUAUCUGCACGAUAAUUGGGACUGGAGAAGGAGGAGGGGAAGUUCUUCAGACCUGACAGCGUGAGGUCACUUCCUGUGUUGGGGACGCCUGGGUCUAUAUAAACCCUGAGACCUGACCGUCCGUCGGUCAAUCAUCUGCAGGACAGCAGACGCGAGAGAGACGACACCUCGAGGCGUUUCAGUGUUCGGAUGAUGUUGAAGACGCAGAGAUCUCAGCAGCGCGCCGCCCUCAUGAUACUGAUGGUGGUCGCAGCUGUGCAGUGUCAGGAGAACGAGAGCAGACGGGCGGUCACAGAGCACCAGCUGAUGCAUGAUCGCGGUCGCUCCAUCCAGAGUCUGAAGCGCUUGAUCUGGCUGUCCAGCGCCAUCGAGGGGCUUCACACGGCGCAGACGCGCACCCUGACCGCCGACGACAGCAGGUGGCGCUCUCAGCCCGGGAGAGAGCACAGGAGAGCGCUGGAGACGCUGCUGAGCGACAUGUACCGACCUCACCUCACCGGAGACCGAGAGAAAUAACAUCACCGACCAAAUACAUCCCAACUGACGUCCGGCGGAAAACCACCAAGGACUGUACGACCCGACAAAACUAGAUCGCUGUCAUUAUGAUCAUGUACAACGUGCUCUGAUAGGUGAUGUCCAGCAGAUGAGCAAACACGUCUUGCAGACGUCAGUCAGACAUCAAAUAAACGUCUCUGUGCUGUACGUGUUAUCGGCUUUACCCAACUAAACUAUAUCAAUAUAUUAUAGAUGAAACACGCUAGUUUUGUAAAGAUAGAUGUAUAGAUUAUAACGUAAGCGAUGUAGUCUUGGCGCGCCGUGUUUCUCCAUCUCCUGUAAGUCUUUAAAAUGUAUAUUUUAGACCUAUUAAAUCAGUUUAGUGUGCUAGACGCAUUAUACUUUGAAAAACAACAUGCAUAUGGUUUUCAGAAAGUACUAUAUGACUGAAUUUACUUCGUACACAUGCAAAAACAUACCUAAUACUAUCAUACCUUUUUUUUGUGUGGAAGAAUUUCUUGUGGAUUUAUUUAUCGAAUGUCUUCAAAUAUCUAGUAAAUCAUCCUUGCUAUCAUAUUUAUUUAUAUGGGCGACUGUGAACAGAUGGUAUUUUUGAUUUAUCAUAUGUGUGUGUAAUUAAAGAUGCUUUUAAGUAA